UUGAUUCCGGCCUCGUCUUCAAAUAAGCUCCCUGAUUUCAAAAAAUCUGUGAAAUUGAAGUAUGUGAAGCUUGGAUAUCAUUACCUCAUCACUCAUGGAAUGUACCUAUGUUUGUCUCCUCUGUUGGUGAUCGUUGCGGCUCAGCUGUCCACAUUUUCUCUCCAGGACCUUUAUGUGCUUUGGGACCAUCUCCGGUUCAAUCUCAUAUCAGUUAUUGUUUGCUCCACCCUCUUGGUCUUCUUGACGACUGUGUAUUUUGUCACGCGUCCUCGCCCUGUCUAUCUUGUGAAUUUCUCGUGUUAUAAGCCAGAUGAGGAUAGAAAGUGCACCAGGCAGAUUUUCAUGGAGAGGUCCACGUUGACUGGCAAUUUCACUGAUCAGAAUCUUGAGUUCCAGAGGAAGAUUCUUGAGAGGUCAGGCCUUGGUGAGGAUACUUACCUCCCUGAGGCUGUGCUGAGGGUUCCACCGAAUCCUUGUAUGGCAGAAGCGAGAAAAGAAGCCGAGAUGGUGAUGUUUGGUGCAAUUGAUGAGUUGCUUGCGAAGACCUCUCUGAAGCCGAAGGAUAUUGGGAUUUUGAUUGUGAAUUGCAGCCUUUUCAAUCCCACUCCCUCGCUGUCUGCAAUGGUUAUCAACCAUUAUAAACUGAGGGGGAACAUUAUUAGUUAUAAUCUUGGCGGGAUGGGUUGCAGUGCUGGUUUGAUAUCAAUAGAUCUUGCUAAAGACCUGUUGCAGGUGCACCCCAACACUUAUGCUCUGGUUAUCAGCAUGGAGAACAUCACGCUCAACUGGUAUUUCGGUAAUGAGAGAUCCAUGCUCGUUUCCAACUGCCUCUUCCGUAUGGGAGGCGCUGCCAUUUUGCUGUCAAACAAAAGAUCUGACUACUGGAGAUCCAAGUAUCGGUUGGUGCAUACAGUCAGAACCCACAAAGGUUCUGAUGACAAAUGUUUCUCCUGCGUCACGCAGAUGGAGGAUCCUAACGGGAAGGUAGGAGUUUCUCUGUCGAAGGAUCUGAUGGCUGUGGCUGGUGAUGCAUUAAAGACCAAUAUCACAACGUUGGGCCCUCUUGUGCUACCCAUGUCCGAACAGUUGCUUUUCUUCGCCACAUUGGUGGGGAGAAAGUUGCUGAAGAUGAAGCUGAAGCCAUACAUCCCGGAUUUCAAACUGGCCUUUGAACACUUCUGCAUCCAUGCUGGUGGAAGGGCUGUGCUCGAUGAACUGGAAAAGAAUCUUCAGCUGUCCGAAUGGCACAUGGAGCCUUCAAGAAUGACUCUAUACAGGUUUGGAAACACUUCCAGCAGCUCCCUCUGGUACGAACUGGCGUAUUCGGAAGCCAAGGGAAGGAUCAAGAGGGGAGACAGGACGUGGCAGAUCGCCUUUGGAUCUGGUUUCAAAUGUAACAGUGCUGUGUGGAAAGCUCUCAGGACUAUAAAUCCAGCAAAGGAGAAGAGCCCGUGGAUUGAUGAAAUCGACAAAUUCCCCGUGGAGGUUCCUAGGGUCGCAGCUAUAUGA